GACAAAAUGCCUCUUCGCCACAGAGCUGCCCAUUCCCAAGCGCCAGACCCCUCAUCCUCAGCAACAGCAAUCCCCCAACCACCGCCCUACACCCCGCCUACAAUUCCCAACCCUAAACCCGACCAAAUCACCCUCCACUCAUCCUCGCACACCAUCCUCGUCAACCUCCUCGCCAGCCAGUCCCUCCGCACGCUCAAGACGCACCUGCAGCACGCCCAGGAGAAACUCACCGAGGCGGCGGGCGAUAUCAACGAGCGGUUGACGGAUGCGGAGGAGCGGGCGCGACGCAAAAGAGAAAGAAACGCUUCUGAUUCCGCAGGCGAUGCUGCUGCUGCAGACGAGGGCAAGGAGGAUGGCGCCGGUGGUGACGACGAUGAAGCGUUGUCUACGCUGAGGGAGAAAGUGCAGACGAUGACGUCGAAGCUCGAUCAGAAGAUGCGCGGGGCGAUCGAGGGGGAAGUCCGGCUCGAGGCGCUGACUGACAUGCUGAAGGAGUUGGAGGGGAGGGUGAAUGUUGUGGAUGGGGCCGCCGGUGGGAGGUCGACGAGGACUAGUCGGCGGAGUCACCGACGGGAUGGCGAUGUGGACGUGGAGAUGGAAGGUGAUGAAGAGGAUCAGAAUGAGAAUGAGGAGGAGGAGGUUGUGGGGCCGACGUUGGUCGGCAAGGUAGAGGAGAGUCUGGCGGCGACGAAGGAGCAGUGGAGCGGGCUGUCGCUUACGCAGAAAUAUUCCACUAACAACGCUUACGUCGGAUUCUACCGCAUCAUCCAUGAAGCCAAACACCCCGGUGAUGACAUUCCCCCACUUCCACACGCCUCGACCUGGUUCGCUCAUCUUGAGGAUGGUGGCAAAAAACCCACAACGUCCGCCCGCAGCAGACACACGGCGACGAGCGCAGCAUCAGGAGUGUCGGCUGCCGUGAGCGCAUCAUCUUCCCGUCUCACUGGAAAUUCGUCGGCUGGAGGUGAUGACGACGAAGAUGCUUCGGAUGAAGAUAUCGCGAUCGAGCGCGAGCGCAUCUCUCUCAAAUGUCCGCUCACCCUUCUCCCCUUUAAGGACCCGGUCACCAGCACGAAAUGCCCGCACAGCUUCGAGCGCGAGGCUAUUACCGCGAUGAUUGCGCAGAGCCGCACCACCGCCCCGGAUCCAAGACAUACCUUAGGGAACACGGGUCGACGUGCGCGUCGCGUACACUGCGUUCAGUGCCCGGUAUGUGAAGUUGUUCUGACGGAGUUCGAUCUGCGGAGUGAUCCUGUUCUUGUACGCAGGCUGAAGCGGGCCGAGGCUGCUCUGAGACGGGAGCAGGAGGAGCUCGAGGAGGAUGAGUACGACCAAGGAGGCUCGGGUGGGCGGAGAAAGAGAAGCAGGAAGAGCGGAAUCACGGUGGCUAGCGAUGACGAGGACGACACAGUCACGGCACAUGAGGCGGCAACUCAGGAGGACAGGAUCAGAAUCAAACAGGAACGUGGCGUCUCGGUUGCUGUCGUUGAUGUGGUCGAAGAGGAAAGUGCGGAAGAGGAAGAUGAAGAAGCGAUCGAGUUUGAGGACGGAGGACAUUGGCAGGGAGGGGAUGAUGACGAAGAGGUCGACGAGGAUGAAGAGGACGAAGACCAGGAGAUGAGCUAGUGGAAAAUCGAGAGCAGGAGGGGCGCGGUCAAGAGGAGGGAGCUCAAGAGGAAGAUCAGGAGGAUGAGUUGGUUGAACAUCAGCAGCAACACAGCGAAGAGGCUGAAAUGGCAGACACAGAAGAUCAAGUGGAGAAUGAAAUAGGGGGAGACCAAGAAGUCAAGGGGGGAAUGGAGGAAGAAGAUGAAACUGAUCCCAGGGAAGAGGGACUGCGGGAAUCACAGGGGGCAAGACGGCGAUAUGAUGCGGAGGAUGAGGAUGAGACAAUACAGGAUGUUGAUGUUGAAUCAGUUGCACAAGAACUAC